AACAGACGAGAGCGCGACAGGGAGGCGGGCACGCCCCAAAUAACGGAGCAAGUUGAAUGACGGGCGACUGUUGCUUUCAGUGUGCGUCCGUGGGUGCUGUUAUUGGCCGAGGACGGGGACAUGCACCCAGCAGCGGUGUGCUGCGGGAGGGUGGAAGGCUUGUUUAUAACCCUCACGUCUUCUGUGGUGGGCGGGAACAGCAACAACGGAGGGGAGUGAGAGUGGAGGAGAGGAGGAGGACGAGGGAGACGAUACCAGGCUGUGGCGGCGGCGGCGGCGGCUGCGGAGCGGGGUCCACGGAGGGGGCAAGGCGGCCGCCUCUGUAUGCGUCGUGAGCCGCGCAUGGACGACCACCUGAGCCUCCUGCAAUCCCCGCCGCCAAGCGUGACCAAAACACGGGGUGACAACCUGGUGAACCACGGAUACACCGAGACGGAGGCAGACGUCAUGACGGUCGUGGCAUGUGACAACAUGCUGGAGGAGUCGGCAGCGCUCCCAGGCCACCACUCUCUGGACCGGUACGAACCGGACCACGAGUGCUGCGAGAGGGUGGUCAUCAACAUUUCCGGGUUGCGCUUUGAGACGCAACUCAAGACUCUUUCACAGUUCCCAGAGACCCUGCUGGGGGACCCCAAGAAGAGGAUGAGGUACUUUGACCCCCUCAGGAACGAGUACUUCUUUGAUCGGAACCGACCCAGCUUUGAUGCCAUUCUGUAUUACUACCAGUCAGGAGGGCGCAUUAGGAGACCCGUCAACGUCCCCAUUGACAUCUUCUCUGAGGAAAUUCGCUUUUAUGAGCUGGGUGAGGAGGCUAUGGAGAAGUUCCGGGAGGAUGAGGGCUUCAUCAAGGAGGAGGAGCGACCCUUGCCGGAGAAUGAGUUCCAGAGACAAGUGUGGCUGCUUUUUGAGUACCCAGAGAGCUCGGGACCAGCUCGGGGCAUCGCGAUUGUCUCUGUCCUGGUCAUUCUUAUCUCAAUUGUCAUCUUCUGCUUGGAGACACUACCCGAGUUCAGGGACGAGAACCGGGAUCCGAUCACUAUCGCACCUGUGAUCAAUGGCACCCUCCCCUAUUUUGUCAGCCCCUUCUCAGACCCCUUCUUUGUGGUGGAAACUUUGUGCAUCAUCUGGUUCUCUUUUGAGCUGCUGGUGCGUUUCUUCGCAUGCCCAAGCAAAGCCACAUUCUCCAAGAACAUCAUGAACAUUAUUGAUAUUGUAGCCAUCAUCCCUUACUUCAUCACACUGGGCACAGAGCUGGCGGAGAGGCAAGGUAAUGGGCAGCAGGCCAUGUCACUGGCCAUCCUGCGCGUCAUUCGCCUUGUGCGAGUAUUUCGCAUCUUCAAACUCUCACGUCAUUCCAAAGGGUUGCAGAUUUUGGGUCAGACCCUCAAAGCCAGCAUGCGCGAACUGGGCCUGCUCAUCUUCUUCCUCUUCAUUGGUGUCAUCCUCUUCUCCAGCGCUGUUUACUUCGCAGAGGCAGACGACCCAGACUCGGGCUUCAACAGCAUCCCGGACGCCUUCUGGUGGGCCGUGGUCACAAUGACCACGGUGGGCUACGGGGACAUGCACCCAGUCACCAUAGGGGGCAAGAUCGUGGGCUCUCUGUGUGCCAUUGCUGGUGUGCUCACCAUCGCUUUGCCGGUUCCUGUUAUCGUCUCUAAUUUUAACUACUUCUACCACCGAGAAACCGAGGGUGAGGAGCAGGCUCAGUACCUCCAUGUGGGUAGUUGUCAGCCUCUGGCGGAGCCCGAGGAGCUUAGGAAGACGCGCUCAUCUUCGUCACUCAGCAAGAGCGAGUACAUGGUGAUAGAGGAGCAUGGCAUCAACAGCGCAUUUAAGCAGCAGCCAAACUUCUCCACCAGCGCACAGAACAACUCUCAGAACUGUGUCAACAUCAACAAGAAGAUCUUCACCGACGUGUAAACGGUUCAGGUGUCAUGGACCUCAUCGUGAUGGGACACGGGAGAUGACGUUAAAAAAAGGAGAGAAGGUCCAGUCUGUUCAGCUUCAGAGAAUUACAAUCAAUGCUCACAAUUCUUUACUGCAACAGAAGGACGUGCACUCUAGCAGGUGUAUUAUCACAACAGGUAGUUAGGGACGCAGUAUAACUGUGAAAGACUCCUAAUGUAUGACCUUCACAUUGUAUUAACAUGAAUUGUGAUUCGUCAGUCGUAGCCAAUGUACAAUAUUCAGAAUCGGUGUGCUCAAUGUGUCCUUAAACACACGUAAUGUCUGAAAAAAAAAAAAAAGUCAGCAUAUAUUAUACCAAUUAGACGGUUCCGUGCUAUGCCUUUAUCGUGCGUUAAAGUCUCGUCCAAAGUGUGUUAAAAAUAAGCCCCCUUCCAUAUAUUAUCUAAAAGCUUUAGAGGAGCUACCAUGUAAAAAUCCAUGCAGUGUCUCAUCAUUCAGUCAAGACACGCGUGAAGCAGACAGUGCUCUUCCACGGACACACGCAGCCUCAAAGAUGGAGCGUGCUUCUCUAUGGAAGUCUCAAAUAUAGCCCGCUGUGAUGCAAUCUCCAUGGCGACGCUCGUUUCCUUAGUAACCCCAACCACCGUUGCCAUGGCGCUCCUGUUUCCACAGAAACCUCCCAGAUGGCAUUGAAACCUAUAGUGGAGAUUAGCAUCUAAAUAUCAAUAGCCUUCAAGGACUUGAGAGUCAGACCCCAACAAGCUCAUCUAAAUUGAAUGUGAUGAUCAAAUCCCUGCCAUGAACCAGCCUUAAUCCGAGAGUAUGCUCACCAUCCAAGGGAUGGAAAGGCAACCUUUCAAGGAAUUCUGAAUGGGAAACAUGUUGUGUCUGGCUGCCUGUCUGCACUACUGCUGGUGCCCAGCAGGGGCUGCUCUACUCCCACCAAUGGCACCGGUGGGAGCUGCUGUCCAGGUCGUCUGGAACUCUUGACGUUUCCCAGUAGACUGUCUCUCGUGUAGGGGUACAACGACAGUAUUUCUGUGGACCAAAUGGGGUACACUUAAGAAUUGACAAAGAAUUCCCCCUGGGAUCAACAUGUCUGGUUCCUACAGCAGCUCUCCCCUGCCAGUCGAUGGUCUGUAGACCAAAAAGGGAAAUGCAAGAAUAAACACACACAUAUAUACUGUAUAUCUAACAGCAUCUUCCGUUUGCAGUUGUGUAGUUACUGUUUUAUAACUGCUUUCUGUUCUGUCUCUACGAGCAUCGAAGAUUAUGCAGUGAGAACUCUCAGCAUGAUCCGCGAUCCAUGUUCCUUUAUGCUUUAUGAGUCUCACAAAUGACAGCCAGCAGUUUUAAAACAUGAAGCACACAAUUCCUGGGAUUUACAUGCAUUUCUAUAUACUAUAUUCAUGUUUGUGGGAAAUGAGAUUCCGACUAUGACUGAUAGCAGCUUUUGUUCUGUUAUGAAAAGCUGCAAAAAAAAAAAUAAAAAUAAAAGCUGAUUUACUGAUAUAAACUGUGAUACAAAAAGACUGUUAGCCAUAUGCCUUUGUUAGCUCAGUGUGCUCUGUAUUGCUAACAUAUAAAACACAUACAUGUACUGUAAGUUACAUGUGAUGGUUGCUGCUAUUCCCCUGAUCUACACUUGGUGGAUGAUAAAAAGGUGCACAGAAACACAGACAUGCAAACACAUGCAGAUGCCUGUGGGAAGCUCGAGUCCGUCCCAGAGUGCUCUGGUGUUCUCUGGGAUGGUGCAGAAUGCUGUCAGGGGAAGGCUGUGUUUGUCAGUAUUUGUUCUGUGUUACUCUGUACUGUCUUAAACAUGACCCA